AGAGGGCAUCGAGUACUGCUUCAAACUAACAAAUGCAGGAAUCACAAAACAAGACCAAAACAAUGCCUUCCGAUUUUGGAGAUGCAGAUGUUUCAACAUUCGCCCACGUUGCAUCGCAAUAUCGAGCCAUGGUAAUGACUUCAAAGAUAAGUUGGAAGAAUCUAUUUUGUAUAUUGCAAACAGAAACUAACCAGGAAAAACUGAUACAUUCAACCAUUGGAAAUGCACACACCACUAAAUAUCCACCUUCAAGGACAUACAGAUGGGCAUUCCUGAAAUAUAUUAUAUCAAAGCUUGAGGAAGAAGGGAUUGAAGUAUGUGAUGCUAUUUAUGAAGCAUCUGCCACACUAAUCAAUGAAGUAGAUAAUGGAGACUCCUGCUAUAAAACCUACACACUGAAAAGUGGCACUUUAGUGACAAUUAGGGAAACUGUUCAGACUAUAUCUAAAGGAACAACUGGACUAUCUACAUGGCCAGCUGCUCAAUAUCUUGCGGAAUGGGCAUUGGAGAAUCCUGAAGUAUUCUCCAAAAGGAGAGUACUUGAACUUGGAAGUGGACUUGGGUUAACAGGUCUUUCCAUUUACAAAACUUGUCAACCCUCAAGCUUUACAUUUAGCGAUUGUCAUUCUGCUGUAAUAGCAUCUUUGAAAUCAAACAUUUUAACUAAUUUGGAAGACAUGCCAAAGGUUGAUGAAAAACUCUCAACAAAUGAAGAUAUUUCGCAUAGAUUGACUAAGUGUGGCACUUGUGAAAUAGUACAUGAUUUACUGAAAUCUAAUAAACAAGUGUCUGUGAUGGAUUUGGACUGGGGAGACACCGAUAGCUGGGUUCUUGAACACAUGAAUCCUGAUAUCAUAAUAGCUGCAGAUGUUGUUUAUGAUGUAAGCAUUGUUCCAAACUUGGUGAAUGUCAUUAAGAAGCUGCUACUCAAUAAACAUUCCACUCAUCAUCCAGAAGCUUACAUUGCAUCUACUGUCAGGAAUGAAGAUACAAGAAAUGCAUUUUUAGAAUGUUUAGAAAGUGCAGAUCUCAAGUUUGAAAAAAUUGCUGGUCCACAGGAAGAAGUGUUCUUCUAUGAUAGAUCAGUAGCCAUUGAACUUCUACACAUAAGGCCGGUGUAAACUAUCUUUUGAUUUUGUGUCAUGUCAAGGUAUGUGAUACUGUUGGACCCCAUGUCAGUCCAAUAAUUAUUAAAUUAUCUAAUUUUAUAAAGAAUUACAGUGAUUUCAUUAACUGCUUCCUUCAAUGGAGAGGAUGUAAAUUUAAAAAAUAAUUACGUUUUUAGGACACCAUUUGAAUUUCGUAAAUCACUUCGUGAAUCCACUAAAUAAUUGAAGGAAAUUCUAUUUAUAAAAGAAAUAAAAUUUUCUUUCGAACUU